CUCAUUAUAUAGUACUUUUUAAUGUUUUCGAAGAUUUUGUGUGUUAUGUAUGUGAAGAAAGAUUAAAAAUCUAUCAGAUAUAAUUAUAUUUAAAAAAAAUGAGUGGUGGUUUGAUUCCUAGUAAAAGUACUGUAUACAUUUCGAACUUACCAUUCGAUUUGAAGAAUAAUGAUCUACACAAAUUAUUCGAAAAACAUGGGAAAAUAGUGAAAGUUACAAUUUUAAAAGAUCGUGAAUCGCGACGAAGUAAAGGUGUCGCUUUUAUAUUGUUCUUAAAACCUGAGGAUGCCCUUGUUUGUGUACAAGAAACAAACAUGAAAGAGAUGUUUGGACGAACGUUGAAAGCGAGCAUCGCUGUUGACAAUGGUAGAUCUAAGGAAUUUAUUAGAAGAAAAGAAUAUCCAAAUAAGACGAAAUGUUAUGAAUGUGGAGAAUACGGACAUUUGAGCUACAGAUGUGAUAAAAAUUUGCUGGGAGAUCGUGAACCACCUCCAAAAAAAGUUAGAAAAAGAAAAAAGAAAGAUCCAUCUAUGCAGAAGUUAACAAAGGAACAGCAGGAAUAUUUUGAUAGUACAGAUGAAGAUGCAGAUAUGAAUGAAGAAGAUGAGCCAGUAUUUGAAGAUGACGAAUCUCUAAGUGCUGCUAUUGCUCUAGAACAUGAAAAAGUUGAAUUAGAAAGUUAUAGAUAUAAAGUCGCUACUGGAAAGUACGAUGAAGCAGAUGUUAAUGCAGUGAAUGUUCCCAGAAAAAAAAUCAAAAAAAGCGAAUAUUUUAGUGACGAGGAAGAAAGUGAUGAAUAAUUUACUACCAGAGGAUAUUAUUCACUCAAUGGAUAUAUUUUUUUAUAAAUAAACUGUAUUUUAAGUCUAA